CCGCCUACAACACAAGUUCAGUACUCGACAUGUCCGACCACGCGUCCACAGCCGACGCGGACGCCGGGCUGCCGCUGCGUCACCGCCUGUUCCCACGCGCCAUGGCCUGGAACGUGCAGCGUCAGAGCGCGUCGCCCACCCCGGAGCAGCUCGUUCUGGCCGCCGCCCAAGUGCUGGAGCAGCAGCAGCACAACCAAGUCGAUACGAUGGACGUGGCACGUUCCUUCCCGCUCCUGCAGGCUUCUGUGAUGGACGAGAGUAUCCGACGAGGAUCAGAUACCCAAGGCACACCUUCCAGACCCGUCACGACCGAAGGAGACGAGCGUGAGAGGCUGUUCCGUGCCAUGGGCAAAUACCUGGACGGCACGCCAGCCACAGGCCCGUACAACGCCGCAGAGGCCCCACCUGGAUACGCACAGCAGACACAAGCAUACUACCAGGUCCCAGCUCCUCGUACCCGUCCAUUCGGCGGUAUGCCGUCUCCGGAUCGGAUGACGGCCGAGCAACAAGCCGCUUUCCAAGCUAUGAAGAUCUCCAGCUACGCCGAGGAGGAACAAAAGAGCUGGGCCUCACAGAGUCAGGUUCUUAAUACUGGACUCAGAACCCCGCCCGCGGUUUCUCCUACACCACCAGGAGUUCAUCAAAUUACACUUCGUUCGCCUCCGAGUGCCACGAGUGGCAAGAAGAGGACGCGCGGGUCCACGCCUGCAGUGUCAUCUACCUCCACUGCUGUGGGUAAAGAUGAGAUCGCACCCUCACUGGCACGCGCUCUACUAACAGGUUGCGGUGCAAAGCAAUGCUCCUUUGAGGGCUGUAAGAAAAUUGCAGUUAGUAAAGGUCUGUGCCGCGGCCAUGGCGGAGGUCGACGGUGCCAACACACCGGGUGCACCAAGUGUGCACAGAGUCGCAGUCCAUUCUGCUGGGCACACGGCGGUGGCAAGCGCUGCGAGGCGCCAAAUUGCCGUCGCAGCCGCAAGACCAAGAGGUUUUGCGUGGACCACGUCGAUAUGGAGCUGACUGUGCCGCUAAAACCAGAAGCGGACAAGGCUUCCAAGCCUGGUUCCAAGGCGAAAUCGACUGCUAAAGCGUCUUCCAGAGCCAAGACCUCUUCUAGUUCAUACACUAGCGCCGACUCCGACGACAGUGUCGGCAGACAGUCCACAAUCUCCUGCGACAGCAGCUUGUCGGUCGUCCACAACAAAGAAAAUAAGCGCAUGGUUUCGGUUGAGUGCGUGCGGGAGAAGUAUGUUCAGCAUCAAUACGCCGGCGAAGUUUCUGGCAUUUCGACGCCAUCUCUGCAGCUUCCUAGCCUAAACGAAGCGCUACUUCGCACGGUACCAACUCAAUAUUCCUCGGAAGCAGUAUGGUCUGCAAGAACUCCGUCGCCGCCUGCUCCUCCAUCGCAAUAUAAGACUGGAUACCAACCGUGGCCAGCAAAUAGUAACUAAGUAAAAAAAAAUCGCGUAAUAUAUUUGCAUUAUAUAAUUUUUGUGUAAUAUAUGUUUAGGUUGUAC